GAAGAAGGGAACGCUAUCUGGGCCUCUUGCGACUUCCUUUCCUUGCCUACCAGCUUCUUCACAGGCUGGUUAAUGUUUGAUGUUGUGAUAGUACCAGCGUGUACCUUGCUCCAAAGCUCCCUCCUUGGCAGGCUCUCCAAUGGUCAGAGAAGAGCCAAGUGUUGACUGAACAGGGACAUCUGAGCCUGGGGAGGACUCUGGUGGUCAGCUGAUGGCUGGAAUAAUCUGCAUAACCUCAUUGCAUCGUCCAAUGUUGUGGUUACCGGGGUUGAGCUCCUCUUCUGGUUGAGGAACUGCUCAACCAACCAAUCAACCACCUACCUAUCAGCUGGAGUUGCUCCUCAGAUCCUUGAAUCUCUCCACCCUCCUACUCCUAGGAGUAGGGAGAGGUGUAUUUUUAGGCUCCUGUGUACUCGUAAGCACAAGACCACUGAAACGCUUGCAUCGUCUACCACAUGGGGCAGAUGAAUACCACGAUACACGCCAACCGGUCUUCUCCCGCCCCGGAAAAGCUCCUGACUUCCAGCAUGGUGGCUACCUCAUUCCAUUUCUUCUCUUCGCCGAUGGUCUCCAGCCAUUUAAUUGUUGAGGACGGUUCCCAGCUGAGGGCUGAUCAGAAUCACUCCCAGGAGACCCAACCGCUAUUUUUAACCACUUCCACGGCAAAAGCCAUCUCAGGACUCUUUGUCUGGACGGCCCUGAUCCUUACUUUCCACCAGAUCUUCUUGCACCUGAAAAAUUACACCAUUCCCAAUGAGCAGCGUUACAUCAUCCGGAUUCUUUUUAUCGUCCCCAUUUAUGCCUUCGAUUCAUGGCUUAGCCUCCUGUUAAUCGGCAGCCAUCAGUACUAUGUUUACUUUGACUCGGUGCGGGACUGCUACGAAGCCUUUGUGAUUUACAGCUUCCUCAGCCUCUGCUUUGAAUAUCUUGGAGGAGAAAGUACCAUCAUGGCGGAAAUCCGAGGGAAGCCCAUUGUUUCUAGUUGUCUCUACGGAACUUGCUGUCUCCGAGGGAUGUCUUACUCCAUCGGGUUUCUUCGCUUCUGCAAGCAGGCCACCCUGCAGUUCUGCAUCAUCAAACCAGUCAUGGCCAUCCUCACCAUCGUUCUCCAAGCAUUUGGGAAGUACCACGAUGGCGAUUUCAACAUCCACAGUGGAUACCUCUACGUCUCCAUCAUCUACAACUUUUCGGUCAGCCUGGCCCUCUACGCCCUCUUCCUCUUCUACUUUGCCACCAUGGAUUUCCUGAGACCUUUUGAGCCAGUCCUGAAGUUUCUCACCAUCAAGGCGGUCAUCUUCCUCUCCUUUUGGCAAGGGAUGCUCCUGGCCAUCUUGGAGAAAUGUGGGGUCAUCCCAGAAGUUCAGAUCAUUGACGGGAAGGCGGUGGGAGCCGGCACCGUUGCGGCCGGCUACCAGAACUUCAUCAUCUGCAUUGAAAUGCUGUUUGCUUCCAUUGCUCUCCGUUACGCUUUCACCUGCCAGGUGUACCAAGAGAAAAAGGAAAGCGCCACAGCACGCCUGGCCCCAUUGCAAAGCAUUUCCAGCGGGCUGAAGGAAACGAUGAGCCCUCAAGAUAUUGUCCAAGAUGCCAUCCACAAUUUUUCCCCAACCUACCAACAAUACACACAGCAAUCCAUGCAGGAGACGGAAGGCGGGCUUGGACAGAAUGGCCACGUGAGUCCUCCGGCGGAGGCCUCGCAAAGCAAGAAGACAAAGAGUCUUGAGAAACGGAUGCUCAUCGUCUCCGACGACGAGUUGUGAAGAGGUGCCUGGAAGGAAGGAAGGGUUAGCAGUUUCGAGAGGUCUUCUCGCCUCUCUCCAGCCCAGCAGCUGCCAACUGAAUCAGACUGCAUUGUCCAACGAAGCAACGGUGGUGUCUCAUUCUUGUUCUCGGUGGGCUAUUGAGGGAAGAACCCCCCAGAUGUAGGGUUGACUUCCUAAAUACAGCCAGAUCUGCCCUUCUUAUUUGUUGUGGUGGGUGGCAAAAACAUCCAGGAGUUUCUGAUGCACUUAUUGUUGGUCCUGGGUAAAGCCUGAGAAAAACAAAAUUUCUCAAUGGACGCAGCUCCUCCCAUUCCCAAUGCAUGGAGAUAAUACUGAUUAUUGGCAGAGAAGGAACAAGGCAAUGUAGGAAUGGAUGAAAUUGGAUGAAAUCAACAUUUUCACUCAGCAAUUGCAGCUCAAUCUCAUUGAAACCGGAUUCCCAUUAUCUUUUUUUUUUUUGGAUCCAAUCCACUGGGAUGGGAAUCAAUAGCUCAGAGCCCCAGAGAAAUAAAAGCACUUUUCUUCUUUCCAACAAGAGGUGCUGCAGCAGGGUGAGGAAUUAUAACGUCAGGUUCCUUUAUGAAAUUGCACCGAGGCUGUCAAAGGUGAUCUGAUCCUAGAACUCACCUUGAAUGCCAGAGGAGUUGUGACUUCAUCUUGGAAGAAGAGGCAUUGCAUUACGUUGAAAGUGUGAAUGUGUCGAUAUAAUGUACUUCUUCCUUUCUGGAGGGUCCUUUGGGAUGGCUAUGAAUCGCGUGUCAAUCUGUACAUUUCAAAAAAAUUUAAAUUAUAAAAAACAUUUGUAAUACUUUUUCCCA